AUGAAGCUUAUUGUAUUCUCUACUCUCUUCGUCUUUGCUCUUGCUUUUCCACGUGAGAAGCGUCAGCUCUCAAUCGGUACAAUUUCGGUUUCUGGAGCCGGUGGAUCCACUGGAUGCGUUGUCACUGGAAAUGUCCUCUACGCCAAUGGAAUCCGUCUCCGUAACUUGACUUCUUCGGAGCAAAGCGAAUUGGCCACUUACCAGACUGAAGUUGAGCAAUACAAGACUCAACUCCGUGAAAUCCUCAACCAACGUCGCGAGAAUCUCCGUAACCGUUUGAUGGCUCACGGAAGAAAUCAGCAACAACAGAGCAAUGACGUCAGCAGUCAAAACGCUCCAGAUGAUGGAUCCAUCCCAAAGGCUCCAGAAAAGCCAUCAUUCUGUACUGCUGAGGAAACCACUCAAUACUAUUUCGAUGGAUGCAUGGUUCAAAACAACAAAGUCUACGUCGGUGGUCAAUACGCUCGUGAUCUUUCUUCUGAUGAGGUCUCCGAAUUGCAGACCUUCGACACUCAACAAACUGCUUACCAAAACGCCGUUCAGGCUCAGAUGCAAACUCAAGUCCGUGGAUUGUUCGGAGGAUCUGACUUCCUUUCCGCUCUUUUCGGAGGAGAUGGUCAACCACAACAACAACAACCACAACCAUCUUCCACCACUCCAGCAUCAACCAGCUCUACAACUCUUCCACCAAAACCAACUGUGCCACAAUUCUGCACUGCUAUCUUCUAA